AUGGGAAGAGAUUCUACGCAGCCUGCUCAAGUAAGAGAUCGGGGGCGGGGGUGGGGGGGCUUUGUGGGCUUACUUUUAUGGGAUGCAUCUCUGAAGACCCUUGCCCAUGCAUUUAAAGCACAUGCCCUUCCCUCGAGUUCUAUGGUUGCUGAAUGCCCUGGCCUUCUCCUCAUUAUUACUAUAAGUAGUAUUAGUAGUAGUAGUAGUAGUAGUAGUAGUAUUAUAGUGGUACCUCGGGUUACAUACGCUUCAGGUUACAGACUCUUCAGGUUACAGGCUCCGCUAACCCAGAAAUAGUACCUCGGGUUAAGAACUUUGCUUCAGGAUGAGAACAGAGAUCGUGCUCUGGCGGCGCGGCAGCAGCAGGAGGCCCCAUUAGCUAAAGUGGUAGCUCAGGUUAAGAACAGUUUCAGGUUAAGAACGGACCUCCGGAACGAAUUAAGUACCUAACCCGAGGUACCACUGUAGUACCCUGCCUAUCUGACUGGGUUGCCCCAGUUGGAAGGCACUAGUGAAUUCCACUAGUUUGCUCACCUGGACCUUUUGAACCACAGCAAAACAAAACAAAAGAAAAGAAACCCGAAUAUCAUUAUUGUUAUAUUUAUUUUCAUUAAAACCUCCCUCUCCACCUCUUGCCUUCUGUGGCAGGAAGAUGUCAAGGCUGCCCAGUGUAAAUCCUGGGCAGUUUUGCUCAAAAGCGGCCCAUACGUUGCCAGGCCACGUACAAGGUUCAUGUCAUUAAUUUACAAGGCCCUUGGGUCCAUGAAUCCUCAAAGUCUGCUUUAUCCCUUAUAUCUCUGCUUGACCACUGAAGUCUUCAGGGGAGUCACUGAGGCGCUCCCCCUGACUCGGAUGUGUGGCUCGGAUCCACCAGAAUUACAGGCCCAAUCUUGUGGAAAUCCCUUGCAGUUGAGGACAGAGUAGAACUCCUUCCCUGUUGAGGUUUUGGCACUUAACUGAAUACUUUUUUUUAUUCCGGCAGGUUUUUUAAAUAUUGAACUCCAGAUUGUAUAAUUUUAAUUCAUGUUUUAGUCUUGUUGCAUCGGACGACUGAUAAAGUGGUAUGCAAACAGAUUUCACAGUAAAAACAUCCAACAACAGAAACGAUUUCUGGAGAGUUUCCUAUUAAAUAAUUAAAAGCGAUUGCAUUUCAGACACAGUGACGGAUAGGCCUCUCUGGUUUCUGCUUCUAUGUGGAUAAGUGAGGCAAGACCUCCCCAGGCGUAGAGCAAAAGAAGCUGGGAUGAAAUCGUAUUUAGGACUAGUUAGCAGGAUCAGUUCAAACAAGGGCAGAAAAACAGAAUGCUUGUUUGAACCAGUUGCAGCUUAAUCACACAGUGUAUACAGUAGUACCUUGGUUCUCAAACCAGAAGUCUGUUCCAAAACCAAAGCAUUCCAAAACCAAGGCACGCCUUCCCAUAGAAAGUAAUGCAAAAUGGAUUAAUCCGUUCCAGACUUUUAAAAACAACCCCUAAAACAGCAAUUUAACAUGAAUUUUACUAUCUAACGAGACCAUUGAUCCAUAAAAUGAAAGCAGUAAACAGUGUACUGCAGUCACACAAUCAGUUAAUCAGUAGCUGAACUGGGUUCCACACAGUCAUGAAAACAAACAAAAAAGCCGCAAAAACAAAAAUGCAAAAACAGGCAGACCUCAGUGUAACACUCAAAACGGAAGCAUAAAACUCAAAACGGAAGUGUGGCACUCAAAUCAAGAAGCGUAACACUUUAAAUGGAGCAUCUUCGGCCUCCGAAAAAGUUUGCAAACCAAAACACUUACUUCCAAGUUUUCAGUGUUCAGGUUCCAAGUUGUUUGAGUACCAAGGCAUUUGAGAACCAAAGUUCCACUGUAGUAACUUUUGAGUUGCCUGCAUUGCUUCACCUCUCUUCCGACUCUCCUUCCUUGGAGGUUUUGAAGCAGAGGUGGGAUGGCUAUCUGUCUUGAAUGCUUUAGCUGAGAUUCUAGCAUGGCAGGGGGUUGGACUAGAUGACCCUUGGGGUCCCUUCCAGUCCAAAGAUUCUAUGAUUCCAUGAAUAACAUAAGGGACCUGCUGGAUCAGGCCCCUCUAGUCCAAUAUAUCGCUCCUACAGUGGCCAACCAGAUGUCUCGAAUGAAAGCCCAGAAUCGGGACCUGAGUGCAACAGCGCUUUCCCUCUGCUCCUGAAUCCCAGUUCCCGGGAAUCCCAAGUGAAUCUGCAUUCAGGUUCUGCUUCCUACACACACCUGGUUGGCCACUGUGAGAACAGGAUGCUGGACUAGACGGGCCUUUGGCCAGGUCACGUCUGCUCACCUGUCUGACUGCCUGCUUCUGUGUGUGACGAGACAUACCGGUACCUUAUUUUCCACUUUAGGCUCCUGCGACCUUUGAGGAGGUGGCUGUGCAUUUCUCCAAGGACGAGUGGACACUGCUGGAUCCAGCCCAGAGGGCUCUGUACAGGGAAGUCAUGCUGGAGAAUUAUGGGGAGGUGGCCUCUUUGGGUAAGCACCCCCCUCCCCGUUGCCUUUCUUGCGGCCUAGGACCCACGUACCUACGGGACUGCCUCUCCUGCUAUGCCCUGUGGAGGACCUUAAGGUCCACAAAUGACAACUUUUUGGAGGUUCCAAGUCGCAAGGUGGUUAGAUUGGUCUCAACUAGGGCCAGGGCCUUUUCAGCACUGGCCCCGACUUGGUGGAACGCUUUGUCACAAGAGACCAGGGUCCUGCUGGACUUGACAUCUCUCCACAGGGCCUGCAAGACAGAGCUGUUCCACCUGGCCUUUGGUUUGGACUCAGUCUGACCCUUAUGUUGCCCUCCCCUUAUGGUUUUGAUCUAUGGGCUAUUAUUAAAAUGAGGCUGCAUUUUAAAUUGUAUUUUUAACCUGUAUUUUAAAUUGACCCCCCCCCUUAUGUUUUUAUUGUAAUUUUACUGGUGUUAGCCGCCCUGAGCCCGGCUCUGGGCGGGGAGGGUGGGGUAUAAAUAAAAAAUUAUUAUUAUUAUUAGACAUGGAGAACUCCUGUUGCUUUCUCCUGUCUGCUUCACCUGACCGCAUUUGUGCUAAGCUCAUUCCUCUUAUUCCAGAUGGGGCUCUUUGCCAGCUCUGUAUGAGAGGGCAGCCGUGAUUGGCUGGCAGCCCUUGCGACUGAUAGGGCAGAAGGCAGUGAGGCCUGACAAUAGGUGGCGCCAGAGCCGGUUCAUUCCGCUUUUGCCCCAAAGCUUUUCCCUGCAUAGUUUUACCAAAGCAGGAAGAGGAGGCUGGCAGGCAAUGCCUACCCCUGGGCUGGUUGCCAUUAAGAAGGCAGGUUAAAGGGCUGGCUGAAGGCAGGCAGAGGUUAGUGGGACAGUGUCAGGAGCGAGCCAGCAAUAAAUCACACUUGUCAUAGUCCUGUGCUGCCAGCCACAGCAGAGCUCAGUGGAGGGAGAAGCCAGCCUACCAGCCGAGUCUCAGGGGGGUACUUGCCUGAAGGCAGAGUCCUUAGGUCCAGUCCCGUCCUAAGGUCAGGAGUAUCUCAGUUCACGUAGUCAGACGAUCCAGGCGUCAAGAAAGCCGAGGGUCCAAGGUCGCAAGAAGCAGCAAGGUCUGGCCAGGAACAGUGAAUGUGGUUUCCAGCAACUGUCUGAGGCUGGAAACCCUGUUUAAGAAAGCCGGAGCCAGUUGGUUCACACCAGGAGCAAGAAGGCUGAUGAACAGCAGGUGGAGUCACUUCGCCUUCAGGCUGCUGCUCAGCAGGUGAAGCCGACUCCUGGCCCAUGACAACAUGGAACUUAGCUCUUUAUUAGAAGAAAGAAGGUCUGUGCAGGCCUAGUGAGCAGAGCAACUAUUUUCAGGUCUUGCCCCUAUGAGGCAGUUGAGGAGACUGAAUGUUCCCGCCUUCCCACAGCUGCCUGAAUCUCCUUUUGCCCCAGGUUCUUCCCAAGCAAUAUGAGACUACGCUGACGCGCCUCUCUCUGCUCCUCUCUCUUCAUACCUCUUCUUCUCAUGGGAGUCCAGUGGGGAAGGGAGCUUAUAAUGCAUAAGUGGGAGACACCCUGCCUUCUUCACCAGCCUGACCCAUCUCUACCUCUCGGUCUCUCUCCUUUUCUUUUUUAUAUUAAUAAUAUUUAGCAUAUAUAUAUAUAUAUAUAUAUAUAUAUAUAUAUAUGUAUAUAUAUAUAUAUAUAUAUAUAUACAUAUAUAUGUGUGUGUGUGUGUGUAUAUAUAUGUAUAUAUAUAUUUAUUCAAAUUUAUACAUUUCAUUAGUUUUACAAUCAAUUUAACAUUUCAAAAUUUGACUUCCUUCCCCCUCUUUCUGCGGUUCCUUAAAUUCAUUUUUUCCAUCCUCUGCAUAUCCAAAUUCAUUUAACUUGCUCAUUUAUUUAUCCACUGUAAAGAUAUACUCUUAUAAAACUGCAGGUUAUUACAAUAAUCCCGCCAGUGUUUUUAUCUGUUUACAAUUUAUCUAUAAAUAUUCAACAAACCUUUUCCAUUCUUUUAUAACAAGUUUGUUAUCUUGAUUUCUUAUUCUUCUGGUAAGUUUCACCAUUUCUGCAUACUCCCUGAGUUUUUGUAUCCAUUCUUCCUUUACUGGGACUUCUGCUUCUUUCCGCUUUUGGGCAAGCAACAUUCUUGCUGCUGUAGUAGCAUACAUAAAUAGAUUUCUAUACAAUUUAGGUAGUUCGAGUUCCAGUGAUUUCCGGCUGGGGCGGGGGGGAAGCCCAGCUCCCCAGUACUAUAAAUUGAUGGCUUUCGUUGAAGCCUCUCUUUCAGCUACUACCGAACCUCUGCGAUGUUGCAUGAAAGCACACAAAAUGCUAAAUAAAGGGUUAAUGCUCACAAGGGCUGUAAAACUCUGUGAUGUCAUAUGCCUGAGCCAGUGAUGUAAGUCGGUUCAGUUAUGAAGAGUCUUAACAGUUAGAGCAGCAGAUCUGUUCUGUUGUGUUGCUGUCUGCCUCUGGGUUAGUCAGGACUCAGCUAGAUUGGUAAAGAAAAAGUGCUUUAUAUGUGUUGUAUGUGCAUUAUAACACUGUGACACCAGAUGGCGCUGUGGAGUCCCGUUUUUGCCUACCCGGUUUCUCAUACAAAGUUUACAAUGCAUUUAACUGAAACGCUUUUUUGAAGUGUCAACAUCCAGCCUCGGCCUAUAACAGUACUUAUCUUAAAUACAAAUCUAUGUAAGAUGUACAGUGGUACCUCGGAAGUCAAACGUAAUCUUGGAAUCGGAAAAGCCUAUUGGAAGCCACUUGUCGGCCACGUUGGGCAUUCAGCUUCUGAAAAAUGUUCGAAAACUGGGACACUUCCGGGUUUUUGGCAUUCAGGAGUCAAAACGUUCAGCAGCAGAGACAAUCGAAAACCGAGGUUUGACUACAUUAUCAGCAUACAUAACACCUACCUCCAUUGUAUAUUUAAUCUCACAAGUGCAAGCACACUGACAUAUCUUACAAUGAAAAUAGGUAUGUCCUGUUCCAUAAUAAGGGACGUGGGUGGUGCUAUGGGUUAAACCACAGAGCCUAGGGCUUGCCGAUCAGAAGGUUGGCGGUUCGAAUCCCCGCAAUGGGGUGAGCUCCCAUUGCUCAGUCCCUGCUCCUGCCAACCUAGCAGUUCGAAAGCACGUCAAAGUUCAAGUACAUAAAUACAUAAGGUACCACUCCGGUGAGAAGGUAAACGGCGUUUCCGUGCGCUGCUCUGGUUCGCCAGAAGCAGCUUAGUCAUGCUGGCCACAUGACCCGGAAGCUGUAAGCCGGCUCCUCGGCCAGUAAAGCGAGAUGAGCACCGCAACCCCAGAGUCGUCUGCGACUGGACUUAAUGGUCAGGGGUCCCUUUACCCUUUAUUCCAUUAUUAUUAUUAUUAUUAUUAUUAUUAUUAUUUUACUGUUUAAACCCCACCCACCUGACUGGGUUGUCCCAGCCACUCUAGGUGGCUUCCAACAUAUAUAAAAAACCAAAAUAUUAAACUUUAAUUUAUUUAUUUUUCUAAGCACACUUUGUUUAUUUUUUUCUUUUUGAAAAAGAACAGAAUCUGAACAUUAGACUUUUAAUAUAAGAUUGUAAUGGUAAGUAUGGGAUACAAAUCUUCCAUAAGAUUUACGUCAUGUCUGCAUAAAUACAUUUAGGAUCAGAGCAUCGUGACUAUUAAAAAUAGUUCCUACUUGAGAAUAUUUAGUUUGUUUUUAUUUAUUUAUUUAUUUUUAUUUAUUUUAUAACACCAUACAAACAAAAAAGACAUACACAACACAUUCACACCAAAAAAAACUAAAUAAAGAAAAAAUAUAUAUAUAAAAAUAUAUAUAUAUACUCCUGACAUAAGACAACAAUAAAUUGACUACAUUAACUACAUAACACACAACACUGACUGACUUCCCUUCAUCUCGGUUUCGGAAUGUGUUAUAAAAUUUUUCUAUCUGCAGUUUCUUUUCCUCAAAAAAAAAAUUUUUACAUCACAAGUGUUAUAUCACACCUACUGUGAUUUUUAAUUUUUUUUACCUCUGUUUCCAUGUAUGCCAUGAAUUUAUUCCAAUCUUUAUUAAACUUUGUGUCUUUUUGAUUUCUUAUUUUCUGUGUCAUUUUUGCCAAUUCUAGAUAGUCGAGUAGUUUAGAUUGCCAUUCAUUUAUGGUUGGGAUUCUUGGUGUCUUCCAAUUCUGCGCUAUUAGAACUCUAACAGAACUCCAAAAUAUUAAACUUUAAAAGAACUUCCCUAUACAGGACUACUUUCAGAUGGUUCGAGAGUCAGACAACUCCAUACCCUCCAAAAUUUCUCCAGUGAAAAUAGGGAUGUCCUAACGAAAAGCAGGGCAUGCCGGGAUCAAAUCAGAAACCAGGACAGCUUCUGUAAAUCUAGGACUGUCCCUGGAAAACAGGCACUGAGUAAAAGUUAUUUGUUAUUUAAACUCUAAACAGAGGUGGUCUUGAUUAGUUUUUAUAGGAGAGAAAAGGGAACUAAUUAAAGGGUCAAAUUAAAGGGCUCUCUUUGGCAUAACUCUGUAAAUGGGGACUAGAUUUUAAUUCCCACAAAUGAAACCCCAGGCCUGAUUUUGCUGUUCUGGAAUCUUCCUCUGGCUCCCCUACCAGGCACCAGAGCCCAGCAUUGCAAACCGUCUCUCCUUUCUUCUCCUUCAGUGCUGUAGACUCCUUAGGCUGAGCCAAGUUAUAUGGCUAGCCCAAGAAGCCUUUGGUCACCAAGCCCCUCUGCCCUUCCUUCUGGAUCUUCUUUCCCCAUCCUCUUCCUCUGCCUUCUUCUGUCUGACUCCAGGAGCACCAACAGCUCCAACUAACUCUGCUGAAUAGCACCUGGCUAUAUAUACAGUUCUUUGGGCCAACCCUAGCCAAUCACAGCGUUUCACUAAGAAUUCUAAACCUGCAUCCUCCAAUCAGACUACGCACUCCUUCUAUCCUUCUUUUGCGUACUGAAGGUUCUAUCUCCAACUCCUCCUCCGUUUAAAGUCCUCUGGUCCAGCCCCAGCCAAUCACAGCGUCUCGCUGAGAAUUCUAAACCAGCAACCGCCAAUCAGAAUACACAUCACCAGCCGCUCCUCAGCUGUCCGUCAAAGUUCCCACAGUGACAGUUAAACGGACUUGCACCUGACCAGAGAGAAGACUUCCCCCAUGAAACACAUUGCAGUAACAAAUGCCGGAAUACAUUCCACAGUUUAAACAGGUUUUCUUCCCAUUUAAUCAUAUUCAUAUAUUUGAGCCCUAGAAGGAAAGGGGAAUACUCUUUCAGACCCCUUAACACUCAUUCUCUGCACAGGAGGGAAUCAGCCAGGCUGCAUCCAGUGAUCCCUUCCUUACCAAAGGAUUUAUGCCUGAAAAUUGAAGGAAGAAACAGUUCCGAUAAAGGAAGAUUGGCAAUUAAAACUAAAGGAGUAUGCAGAAAUGGCGAAACUUACCAGAAGAAUAAGAAAUCAAGAAGAAAGACUUUUUAAAAUAGAGUGGGGGAAAUGUAUUGACUGUUUGAAGAGACAUUGUAAAGAAAUCAAAACGUUGUUGUUUAGUCGUUUAGUCGUGUCUGACUCUUCGUGACCCCAUGGACCAGAGCACGCCAGGCACUCCUGUCUUCCACUGCCUCCCACAGUUUGGUCAAACUCAUGCUGGUAGCUUCGAGAACACUGUCCAACCAUCUCGUCCUCUGUCGUCCCCUUCUCCAUGUGCCCUCCAUCUUUCCCAACAUCAGGGUCUUUUCCAGGGAGUCUUCUCUUCUCAUGAGGUGGCCAAAGUAUUGGAGCCUCAGCUUCACGAUCUGUCCUUCCAGUGAGCACUCAGGGCUGAUUUCCUUAAGAAUGGAUAGGUUUGAUCUUCUUGCAGUUCAAAUUGAUGCAGUAAGAGAUAACUAGGGAGAACAUAAGGGGAAAUUAGAAAAUAGAUUCGAAUUGGAUAUGCAGUAAUAAAAAGAUAUAAAAUAACUAACUGCAGAAAGGAGGGGAGAGAAGUCAAAGAGAAUUGGAUUUAUUCGUUAUUACAUUAAUCCCUCUAAUGUUUUUAUCUGUUUACAAUUUAUUUGUAAAUAUUCAGUAAACCAUUCAGUAAACCAGUUCCAUUCUUUUAUAAAAAGUUUGUUAUCUUGAUUUCUUAUUCUUCCGGUAAAUUUUGCCAUUUCUGCAUAUUCCCUGAGUUUUUGUAUCCAUUCUUCCUUUACUGGAACUUUCGCUUCUUUCCACUUGUGGGCAAGUAACAUUCUUGCUGCUGUAGUAGCAUACAUAAAUAAAUUUCUAUACAAUUUAGGUAGUGUUGUCCCUAUAAUUCCCUCCGUUCCUGCUCAAUCUUCUGCUUCUGGGCUGCUCUCUGCCACAGCCUCCUCCUGCUCACUAAGCCCUGUCACCUCUCCAGCUAACGGCACCUCCUCCUCCCAGUCUUCUCCCUCUGAUGACCCAUCGUCGUCCCACCACCAAUCCCUGGGCUCUGAGCCUUCUUCCCUUAGGGGGUUCCCCGACUGGUGCUUCCCAUCAUUUCCCUGUAUCCAGUGAUGGCACUACCUCUGUCUUAGGAGGCCGGUAACAGAACCAGUCUAGUCUGAAAUUCUGGACUCCUAGAAGGAAAAAAAUAUUUUCUUCUUCUUCUUCCAUUCAAGAUGGGCCUCUGAUUCUUCAACCUCUUCUCAUCAGCUGGUUGGAAGGAGAGGGAGAGCAAUUUGACCCAGAGCGACUGGCGGGUAGGUGCAAGGAUGAUCUGGGGAAGGGUUGUUACCUUGCCAGGUUGUGGUCUUGUUUUGUGUUUCUCAGAAACGGUGUUUUUUUUCCUUUAAAAAAUGUUUAGGGGGUACUUUCAUUUUGACUCAAGGAAAUCACCAUUUUAUAGUUCAUUUUAUAGUUCAUGAGUCCAGUAUAUCUUAAGGCGCAUCUCCACCCCCAUUGUUCUACCCGGACACUGAGGUCCAGCACCAAGGGCCUGCUGGUGGUUUCCUCAUUGCGAGAAGUGAGGUUACAGGGAACUGGGCAGAGGGCCUUCUCGGUAGUGGCACCCGCCCUGUGGAACGCCCUCCCACCAGAUGUCAAAGAGAACAACAACUACCAGACUUUUAGAAGACAUCUGAAGGCAGCCCUGCUUAGGGAAGCUUUUAAUGUUUGAUGGAUUACUGUAUUUUAAUAUUUUGUUGGAAGCCGCCCAGAGUGGCUGGGGAAGCCCAGCCAGAUGGGCGGCGUAUAAAUAAUAAAUUAUUAUUAUUAUUAUUAUCAUCAUCAUCAUCAUCAUCACCAUCAUCAUCAUCAUCAUCAACAUACAGUUGACUUCACACAUUAAACGCUUGCUUCCAUCUGAGACUCAGGAAACACCAUGACAGGAAAUGAGGCCGCCGUCGGGCGUAGCAAUGAAACUGACGAUUCACCGUGCUAGAGAAGAAACUAAAUUUUUUAGUUUCUUAUCCUGUUAGAUUCACAAAAUGUUUAGUUUCUUAUCCUGUUAGAUUCACAAAAUGUUUAAGGGUAUGCGUACCCCUGCACCCCCCCAAAAAAAAACACACUUCUCAGAAUAGCCUGAGGCUAGAUGCCUUGACACGGGACGCGGGUGGUGCUGUGGUCUAAACCACAAAGCCUAGGGCCUGCCAAUCAGAAGGGCGGCGGUUCAAAUCCCCGUGACGGGGUGAGCUCCCGUUGCUCAGUCCCUGCUCCUGCCCACCUAGCAGUUUAAAAGCAUGUCAAGUGCAAGUAGAUAAAUAGGUACCACUCUGGCGGGAAGGUAAACGGCAUUUCCGUGCACUGCUCUGGUUCGCCAGAAGUGGCUUAGUCAUGCUAGCCACAUGACCUGGAAGCUGUCUGCGGACAAAUGCCAGCUCCCUCGGCCAAUAAAGCGAGAUGAGCGCCGCAACCCCAGAGUCGGCCACGACUGGACCUAAUGGUCAGGGGUACCUUUAGAUGCCUUGACACCCAUUUGAAUGGUUUUCACCCACUUUGAUUCCUCACAAAAUCAAGGGGGGGGGCAUUGCAGGGGGUUGGACCCAUUUGAGUCCCUUCCAUCUCCACAAGGCUACGAUUCCAUGAACUGCGAAUCAAACCCAGAAUCAUGGCUUGCAUCUCCGAAGUCAAGCAGGAUGACGUGGUUGCCGUGCAAGGAACCGGCAUAGAAAAUAUUACCCUGCCAUCUUUUUUCUCUCGUCGCCGUUGCAGGUGGAGGGGAAACCUCCAUGACGUGCUUAAGGCUCUCGCCUCUUUGUCACCGGGUGGAAAGAGCCGUUCUGCCCUUAUCUCAGGUAAGCAAAGCUCCUCCUAUCUGUGGCAGAGGCGAUCCAGGAAAAGGCUGCUCCCAGGGUAAAAAUAAAUGACUUAAAAAAAUAAUAAUCAGAAUUUUAAAAUUUAAAUCAGAAUUUUAAAAUUUAAAUUGGAUUUUUAAAAUAAAAUGCUGUUGGAGGAAAAGUCUUUCUAAAGAUAAUUUUCUGUUUAAGUUGCAUUAUAGUCCAAAGGUUAUUCAUCAGGAAAUAAGGAUUUGUUUUAAGUUUUUCUUGUGUGCUAAAACUUAGUCUGCUUUUUUUAAAAAAAAUGUUUAACCACAUCAGUUAACAAACAUGCUAUAAUGUUAUUGUUUUAGUUAAAUAAAUUGUUAUUAAGGAAAUGAUUAUUAGGAAAUGAUUAUUUUUCUCCUUCCAAUAAAAUGCAGCAGAAAAGUUGUCCAAAUAUGAACAGUUAACUUAUUAAACCUGACAAUAAUUUCAUAAUUAUCUGUCUAUGUAUGUCUAAUAGUAUAACCAAAUCAAUAAUUUUUGAUAUAACUGCAAAAACUACUCUGGAAAUUUAUUAUUCCAAAAGUGAAACCUUCCAUCUGGUUGUAAAUAUUUAGAUUAUACCAGCAAGAAUGAGUCUUUCUGUAAAAAAAUGAUUUAAAUCAAGUCUUACUGGCUAGUGAUUUAAAUCAUGAUUUUAAACAAUUUGAUUUAAAUCAAAUCCACCCUGGUUGCUCCUCCCACUUGCUCCUGAGGCAGGGCUAUGCGAGUGGCCCAACCAAUCAGAGCAGGCCACAAAGAGAAGGGCAGUAGCCCCUUGGCACAAAUCAUGGCAAGGAGAUGCCAGCAUCCUAGGUGGCAGGUUUGUAGGGUGGAUGGGUCCUCAAAUCAAUUUCUUCCUCCUGCCUCUGCAUGGAUUCUUGUUUCAGUUGGGUUAUUUCUUUUUUGCUAAGGGCAUGAGGGGAUCGUCCAUCAGUUUGGUGCUGUUGAGAAAACACAUCCUUCUUUUCCCAGGGUUUGGUCUCCUUUGAGGAAGUGAGUGUCUCCUUCGCCGCAGACGAGUGGGUUCUGCUGGAUCCAGACCAAAGGGCGCUGUACAAAGAAGUCAUGUUGGAGAACUACAGGAAUGUGGCCUCUCUGGGUGAGGAUUGUAAGGGGAAACAUGGAGUUGGAAGGUGUGGACAUGCAGAGGGCCCAACUGUGCCAUCUGCUUCCAUUGGCCCGUGCCAAUGGAAAAUCAGCGACCCAGACUUGAGAAGCCAGGGCACGCUAUUAGAAGAGUGUAUAAUAAUAAUAAUAAUUUAUUUAUACCCCGCCCAUUUGGCUGGGUUUCCCCAGCCACUCUGGGCGGCAUCCAACAAAACACUAAAAUACAAUAACCUAUUAAACAUUAAAAGCUUCCCUAAACAGGGCUGCCUUCAGAUGUCUUCUAAAAGUUUGGUAGUUAUUUUUCUCUUUGACAUCUGGUUGGAGGGCAUUCCACAGGGCGGGUGCCACUACCGAGAAGGCCCUCUGCCUGGUUCCCUGUAGCUUCACUUCUCGCAGCGAGGGAACUGCCAGAAGGCCCUCGGCGCUGGACCUCAGUGUCUGGGCUGAAUGAUGGAGGUGGAGACGCUCCUUCAGGUAUACACAAAGUGUAGACACAAAGUCAGAAAAGCUAAAGCACAGAAUGAACUCAGGCUUGCUAGAGAGGUUAAAAGCAACAAAAAAGGCUUUUAUGGGUAUGUUCGUAGCAAAAGGAAGAACAAAGAAACAGUGGGGUCACUCAGAGGAGAAGAUGGUGAAAUGCAAACAGGGGACACAGAAAGGGCUGAACUCCUCAAUGCCUUCUUUGCCUCAGUCUUCUCCGAUAAAGAAAACAAUGCCCGACCUGAAGAAUUUGGAGCAAAUGAUUCAGCAAAGGAAACACAGCCCAGAAUAACUAAGGAGAUAGUACAAGAAUACUUGGCUAGUUUAGAUGUAUUCAAGUCUCCAGGGCCAGAUGAACUGCAUCCAAGAGUAUUAAAAGAACUGGCAGAUGUGAUCUCAGAACCACUGGCAGUCAUCUUUGAGAAUUCCUGGAGAACAGGCGAAGUCCCGGCAGACUGGAGGAGGGCAAAUGUUGUCCCUAUUUCAAAAAGGGGAAAAGAGAGGACCCAAAUAAUUACCGCCCAGUCAGUCUGACAUCAAUACCAGGGAAGAUUCUGGAGCAGAUCAUUAAGCAAACAGUCUGUGAGCACCUAGAAAGGAAUGCUGUGAUCACCAAUAGUCAGCAUGGAUUUCUGAAAAAUAAGUCAUGUCAGACUAACCUGAUCUCGUUUUUUGACAGAAUUACAAGCCUGGUAGAUGAGGGAACGCAGUGGAUGUAGCCUACCUUGAUUUCAGCAAGGCAUUUGACAAGGUGCCCCAUGAUAUUCUUGUAAAGAAGCUGGUAAAAUGCGGUCUUGACUAUGCUACCACUCAGUGGAUUUGUAACUGGCUGACUGACCGAACCCAAAGGGUGCUCAUCAAUGGUUCCUCUUCAUCCUGGAGAAGAGUGACUAGUGGGGUGCCACAGGCUUCUGUCUUGGGCCCGGUCUUAUUCAACAUCUUUAUCAAUGACUUGGAUGAUGGACUCAAGGGCAUCCUGAUCAAAUUUGCAGAUGACACCAAACUGGGAGGGGUGGCUAACACCCCAGAGGACAGGAUCACACUUCAAAACGACCUUGACAGAUUAGAGAACUGGGCCAAAACAAACAAGAUGAAUUUUAACAGGGAGAAAUGUAAAGUAUUGCACUUGGGCACAAAAAAAUGAGAGGCACAAAUACAAGAUGGGGGACACCUGGCUUGAGAGCAGUACAUGUGAAAAGGAUCUAGGAGUCUUGGCUGACCACAAACUUGACAUGAGCCAACAGUGUGACGCGGCAGCUAAAAAGCCAAUGCAAUUCUGGGCUGCAUCAAUAGGAGUAUAGCAUCUAGAUCAAGGGAAGUAAUAGUGCCACUGUAUUCUACUCUGGUCAGACCUCACCUGGAGUACUGUGUCCAGUUCUGGGCACCACAGUUCAAGAAGGACACUGACAAACUGGAACGUGUCCAGAGGAGGGCAACCAAAAUGGUCAAAGGCCUGGAAACGAUGCCUUAUGAGGAACGGCUAAGGGAGCUGGGCAUGUUUAGCCUGGAGAAGAGGAGGUUAAGGGGUGAUAUGAUAGCCAUGUUCAAAUAUAUAAAAGGAUGUCACAUAGAGGAGGGAGAAAGGUUGUUUUCUGCUGCUCCAGAGAAGCGGACACGGAGCAAUGGAUCCAAACUACAAGAAAGAAGAUUCCACCUAAACAUUAGGAAGAACUUCCUGACAGUAAGAGCUGUUCGACAGUGGAAUUUGCUGCCAAGGAGUGUGGUGGAGUCUCCUUCUUUGGAGCUCUUUAAGCAGAGGCUUGACAACCAUAUGUCAGGAGUGCUCUGAUGGUGUUUCCUGCUUGGCAGGGGGUUGGACUCGAUGGCCCUUGUGGUCUCUUCCAACUCUAUGAUUCUAUGAUUUCUACUGGACCGAGGCCGUUUAGGGCUUUCAAGGUCAGCACCAACACUUUGAAUUGUGCUCGGAAAUGCACUGGAAGCCAAUGUAGGUCUUUCAGGACCCGUGUUAUGUGGUCUCGGCGGCCUCUCCCAGUCACCAGUCUAGGUGCCACAUUCUGGAUUAGUUGUAGUUUCCGGGUCACCUUCAAAGGUAGCCCCACGUAGAGCGCAUUGCAGUAGUCCAAGCGGGAGAUAACCAGAGCAUGCACCACUCUGGUGAGACAGUCUGCUGGUAGGUAGGGUCUUAGCCUGCGUACCAGAUGGAGCUGGUAGACAGCUGCCCUGGACACAGAAUUGACCUGCACCUCCAUGGACAGCUGUAAGUCCAAAAUGACUCCCAGGCUGCACACAGGUACAGUCUCUGAUUGCUUGGGGAAAGCCCUGGAGAGGAGGAGACAUAGAUGGCUGUGGGGAGGUGGGGACUUCAGUCUCAGCAAUUGAUUUCCAUGGAGGAAGACCACCAGGAUGGAGCUGCUCUGCUCAUUAGGCCUGACACUCAGCCAAAUCUGUGGAGAUUGUGUUUUUGCUAAUAAAGUGUUAACUGCUACUUGGAACAGUGUGAUUUACUGCUGGCUUGCUCUUUGACAGCAAGGCAGAUGCCCAAUCCCGUGCUGUCCUUUCCCCCCUCCUGAUACCCGGGUCAUUUGUUUCUUCCUUUUUUAAAUCCAUUGUCUUCAUUCCAUUUUCCCUUUGGGGUGGGAUGGAGGUACAAAACAGGCCACGUGGCCUGGGAUUUCUGGACGCACAGGUCACAAGUGCCAUAAAUAUUUGUUUUCUCUCUCUUUUCUUAAUCCCAUGAAGAAGGUCCUCUGAUGCCCAAAUCUGACCUUGUCUCCUGGCUGGAAGGAAAGGAAGAACUGCUGGCCUGGGAGGACCCUGCAAAGAAGGAUGAGGGAUUUUUCCAGGAAAAAUUGACUGGUAGGUCCUUAGAUGAAAAAUACCAAUCAGAGAAAGAGAGAUCUGUGCCCGGUGAAAUUGAGUGAGGGAAUCAACCAGAAAUGAAUUUGUGCUAUUCUCUCAGAUAUUGGCAAAUGCAAAAGGUAACCUAGCAGGGUGUGUAGAGAGAAAAGGGAAGGAUUUUGGAUACUGUGAAAUAACUAAAGCAGCCAGUCCUCAGUUUCUGCCUUGAAGCCCAAUCAUGUUUUCUUUUUGUUUCCUUUUCCCAAACAGAGGAUGGACUUGGCUUUGAGAAUUAUAAGGAGCAAUCUGUGGCGUCGUUGGAAACAGCUAAGCAGCAAGCAGCAACAGAGGCCUUUGGGACGCGAAGGGGACCUACAUAUCUUGAGGGAAAUGAAUCUUCUCCUUCUCUGCAUGAUGAUUUUCAUGAAAUCCUGAGCGUACAUCUACCUCACAUGGGAGAGAAGUGCCCAGUGUGUGGGAAGACUUUCAAAGAUGAAUCGAGCUUGAAUAAACAUUGCAGAACCCACACAGGAGAGAAACCAUAUCAAUGCCUGGAAUGCGGAAAGAGCUUCAGUGGUAGCGGAAAACUUACUAGACAUAAAAGAAGCCACACAGGAGAAAAACCUUAUCAGUGCCCUGAAUGUGGAAAGAGCUUCAGUGAGAGAGGGACACUUAUUAGACAUCAGAGAAUCCACACAGGGGAAAAACCUUACCAAUGCCUUGAGUGUGGAAAGAGCUUCAGUGACAGCAAAACACUGAAUAAUCAUCAAAGAACUCACACAGGAGAGAAACCAUAUAAAUGCCUGGAGUGUGGAAAGAGCUUCAGCUACAGUAGCAUCCUGAAUACACACCGAAGAACGCACACAGGGGAAAAGCCAUUUCAGUGCCUGGAGUGUGGAAAGAGCUUCAGUCGGAGCACCCACCUUUCUGCCCAUCAGAGAACUCACACAGGGGAGAAACCAUAUAAAUGCCUGGAGUGUGGAAAGAGCUUCAGUGUUAGCUCAAACCUUAGUUGUCAUCAGAGAACCCACACAGGAGUGAAACCAUAUAAAUGUAUGGCAUGUGGAAAGAGCUUCAGUGCUAGCUCAAGCCUGACUUUACAUGAGAGAACUCACACAGGGGAGAAACCGUAUAAAUGCCCUGAGUGUGGAAAGAGCUUCAAUCACAGCUCAAACCUUACCUCACACCAGAGAACGCACACAGGGGAAAAGCCAUUUAGGUGCAUGGAGUGCGGAAAGAGCUUCAGCCAGAGCAUAAGUCUCACUGCCCAUCAAAGAGUCCACACUGGCGUGAAACCAUAUACUUGCCUGGAGUGCGGAAAGAGCUUCAGCGACAGCAAGACGCUCACUACUCAUCAGAGAAUCCACACGGGGGAAAAGCCAUACAGAUGCGGUGAGUGUGGGAAGAACUUCAGCGUCAGCUCAGGCCUUGCUUCACAUCAGAGAACUCACACCGGGGAAAAGCCCUUCAAAUGUGCGGAGUGUGGGAAGGGCUUCAGUCAGAAAGCCCACCUUUGUGCCCAUCAGAGAAUUCACACAGGGGAGAAACCUUACCAGUGUCUGCAGUGCGGGAAAAGCUUCAGCCAGAGCACAAGCCUUAGCACACAUCAGAGAAUUCACACAGGGAAGAAACCAUAUGAAUGUCUUCCGUAUGGAAAAAGCUUCAAGAAGAGCUCAGGUGUUCCUUCGUAUCAAGGAAGCCACGCAGGACAACUCUGGAUAUAUGGCCCUUUGCUUCAAAACCAAGACGAUGGUGUAUUGCCUAUAUUCUGUCCAUCUGGCAAGGAGACGGAUUUUGAUGACAAGCUCCUAUGUUUCGUUUAA